UCGCGCGCGCGGCUCCUCUCGGCGGCGGUGGCCCGGUGGAGGGGUCCGCGGAGGCGGUGGUGGCGGCGCUCUUCCCGGCGCGUCCUCCGAGCGGGGUCCGGGCUGUGCGAGGUCGGGUGACGGCGCUGCGACCCCGGCCGGGGUCGGACCGCGGGUCGCCUCCCAGGCCGCCCCCCGGGCCCCGCGUCCCCUCCCCCGCUGGCGGGGCCCGGACUGAAGAUGGUGCAGAAGAGAACGGCCGAACUUCAGGGCUUCCAUCAUUCGUUCAAGGGGCAGAGCCCUUUCGAGCUGGCCUUCUCCUUAGACCCUGCCCAGCACAGGGACGCUGACUUCAGCCCACAGCGCGAGGCCCGUCCUGACAUGCCUUCCAGCCAGCCCAUCGACAUCCCAGAUGCCAAGAAGAGAGGCCGGAAAAAGAAGCGAUGCCGGGCCACCGACAGCUUCUCAGGCAGGUUCGAAGAUGUGUACCAGCUGCAGGAGGAUGUGCUGGGGGAAGGGGCCCACGCCCGUGUGCAGACUUGUGUCAAUCUAAUCACCAACCAGGAGUAUGCUGUCAAGAUCAUCGAGAAGCAUCUGGGCCACAUCCGCAGCAGGGUGUUCCGGGAGGUGGAGAUGCUGUACCAGUGCCAGGGACAUAGGAAUGUCCUGGAGCUGAUCGAGUUCUUCGAGGAGGAAGACCGCUUCUACCUGGUGUUUGAGAAGAUGCGUGGAGGAUCCGUCCUGAACCACAUCCACAGGAGACGUCACUUCAGCGAGCUGGAGGCCAGCGUGGUGGUGCAGGACGUGGCCAGUGCCCUGGACUUCCUGCACAACAAAGGCAUCGCCCACAGGGACCUAAAGCCAGAGAACAUUCUGUGUGAGCACCCCAACCAGGUCUCGCCAGUGAAGAUCUGUGACUUUGACCUGGGCAGUGGCAUCAAACUCAACGGCGACUGCUCUCCCAUCUCCACGCCUGAGCUGCUCACCCCGUGUGGGUCAGCAGAGUACAUGGCCCCAGAGGUGGUGGAGGCCUUCAGUGAGGAGGCCAGCAUCUAUGACAAGCGCUGCGACCUGUGGAGCCUGGGUGUCAUCCUCUACAUCCUGCUCAGCGGCUACCCACCCUUCGUGGGCCACUGUGGCAGCGACUGUGGCUGGGACCGUGGGGAGGCCUGCCCAGCCUGCCAGAACAUGCUGUUUGAGAGCAUCCAGGAGGGGAAGUACGAGUUCCCCGACAAGGACUGGGCCCAUAUCUCCUUCGCCGCCAAAGACCUCAUCUCCAAGCUGCUGGUCCGAGAUGCCAAGCAGAGGUUGAGUGCUGCCCAAGUCCUGCAGCACCCGUGGGUGCAGGGGUGCGCCCCAGAGAACACCCUCCCGACACCCUUGGUUCUGCAGAGGAACAGCUGUGCCAAAGACCUCACGUCCUUCGCUGCUGAGGCCAUCGCCAUGAACCGGCAGCUGGCCCAGUGUGAGGAGGACACGGGGCAGGACCAGCCCGUGGUCAUCCGAGCUACCUCACGCUGCCUGCAGCUGUCUCCACCCUCCCAGUCCAAGCUGGCCCAGCGGCGACAGAGGGCAAGCCUGUCCGGCACCCCCGUGGUCCUUGUGGGGGACCGUGCGUGAUCCCACCAGCCCCUUGUACAUACGCCCUGCCCUGCAGGGCCUGAAGGCCAGGGUCCUGGGCACCGCCCUUGCCAUUCCAGGCAGCAGUUUUCCUGGGUCCUGCUAGGGGAUGUUGGGUUCUGUUGGGAGGUGUUUUCUUUUUCUCUGUCCUCACCCCCCACCCUGCCUAUUUGGCUUUGUUUUGUUUUGUUUUCCUUUUACCACUUUUGAAAGCAAGUGCCCAGAAGGAGGGCGGAGGGUUUGGGCCACACAGCCUGCACCCCACGAUGCUCGCCUGUCAACUGUGAAGGCCACCUGCGCCCCACUCCAGCCACUGCUGUCUUCCAGGGUUGGGGAUCCCGCAGGGUCAGCACCCCACGCCUCCCUCUCCCUAGCCCUCAGUACCGUCAGGGACAGGCCCUUCUGGUGAGCACAGUGGCCCAUGUCUGUCCCCACCAGAGCACUCAGUCUGGGACGGGAUUCCACUGUCUUGGAUAGAGACCUCUGGGGUUGGGUGCAUGGGGAUGUCCCCAUCACCUGCCUGCCCUGUCCAUGCAGGGUUGACAAUCAGAAUCUCCUCCCAGGCUGCUUAUUAGCCCCUUGCCCUGGGUCAGACCUGCCAGGGGCAGAGCUGGAGGGCGACCCGAACCCAGCUAGCUCCAUCAGGAGGGGAGGUGCUGGGCAAGGACCUCAUCAGCAAACACGGGGUUCCCAAGUGACUCCCACCCUUCUCAGGGCUCAGCCUGACCACGGCCACACCCUGCCCUGUGCUGCCCCUGGGUCUGGAGUUCAUGAGUUCCUGGCUACCUUCUGUUACCCAGAGCUGCAGCAGCACCCAGAGGGUCCUCACCUUCCCUCUGCCCUAAGGGCAGCAGCUUGGGUGUACCUACCUUCAGGAAAGGGGCAAAAGCUGCCUCGCCCCCCCCCAGGACACCCAAGACAAGGUGGGCAGGCACUGGGUGGCCCUUCAGUGCCCCAGGCCUGGGGGCUGUUUCUAGCCACGAGCUACUAUGCAAUACGAGUUCCCAUUUUCUCCGUGGCCCUGCUGGACGGGGGCGGCUUUGGGGGCCAGGCCACCCCGCCUGCCACUCCUCUGCUCAGGUGUCUCCAGGGCAGCCCCUGGCCUCAAAACUCCUUGUCAAGGUUGUUCAUCCAGUUUAGUUUAGGCUUUUUUUUUUUUUUAAUAAUUUGACUUGCUUCCCUGUUCUUGAAGAGUACUUGAAUGUUGGGGUGUGGUGGGUGGGGACCUGGGACACCCACUGCCCAGCACCCUCCGCCCUCCUCCCUUGUCUCAUAGGAUUGUCACAGUAGGGGAGGUGACAUGCCUUCAGCCCUGCCUGCCUCAACACGAUUCCAAAGACCCCCUGGAGGGAGGAGGACUCCCGGGCCCUGUUCUCACCCGCCAGCAUGAUUCUGCUGUUGGGCACCGAGGACGCCCCUGCAGGUUCUUGAAGCAACCUGACUGCACAGAGCUGAUCCCUCCCCGCAAGCAGGGCUGUCAUUUCCUUGGUCUCUUCCAUGCCCGACCUGGAGCACGGGUCAAGACCCCUUACCUGUGAAUGAGGCGAUCCUGGGGUGGCUUGGCCACAAACCAUGCUGAACUCUGUAAAAAGGAAGAAAACCCUGUCUCAGAGUGGGGACAUGCAAGCACUUUCAACUCCAUCCUAUCAGGGAAAAGACCGCUACAGACUGCUUCCCACCAACUGUCAACGCCAGGAUUUUGUAUUCUGUUUUGUAAGGAUUUAAUAAAAGUCAUUUAAAAAUC